AUGGCGGCCAGCUCAGAUCGGAAUCCUCCUCCUUUCCCUUCCUCUGAGGAUCUCGGAGCUGGACCGCUGGACAUGGCAGACGGAGACAGCGACGAAGGAGAGGAUAUCUUCGUCAGUAAUGUACGUUUAUAGCUUUAAAGUUUGUGUUCAAAUCACCGUGUGGCGGUUCAGUCUAACCCUAAUCGUCAAAGUCAGUCAACCCCAGUACCUGAUCUGACCUGCAGCCAUGGCAUUAGAAAUAACUGAAAAACAAACUGACAGUGAGGCCCGAUGUGCUUGAUUUGGCUGUCAACAGGGUUUAAAAUGUAUUCAUGUAGUCAAAGUGAUUCUUUUUCCUAAGUUUGGACGCUUUCAGCCUUUUUUCGUCUGCUCUGGUGUUAUAUUAUGACUCAGAAACGCCCUUUAAGGUGUCUUUGUGCGUGUUUUCAUCAAGAAGUUUGAGUUUGUCCAGCUCAUAUGACAGCAAACCGGCCACCCCCUGAUUUCUGCUUAUCUACAGUGGACAGAAAGAAAAGAGAAAACCCCCGAGUCAAGAAAAGCGCCACUCUUUUAAGAAGCCAAAGCCCAUUAUUAUGAAUAAUAAGAAUGUUAAAGUGUGGAUGCACAACCAGGAAUAGAAAAAAAUUAAUGAAGUUUACCUCUUUGACAGUUUAAUACAAUAUAUUAAAUUAUUACACCUUCAUGGCUCAUGAAUUGUUUCAAAAAGCAUUAUCUAUAAUUAUUUUCAACUUAUCCUUCAAUUGGUGACAGUGUAACAACAUCUUCACCUGCUCUGAAAUACAACCAUAUUUCCAUGAGAGUUAGGAUGCUGAUAAAAAAAACAGAAUUUAAGGGUUUGUGAGUUAUUGAAAGCCUUCAUUUAAUCUAGGAUAAAGCAGAGACAGCAUGUGAAAUGAUGAGACUCAAAACCUCUUUUUUAUGGAAACAUGUUCGUCUUACAUAUGAUGAAAGCAACACGUUAACAGUUUGCAUGACAGGGGCAUAUUUGCAAUUGUAUUGCAUCACCUCCUCUUUUGACAACACUUGCAACUGAGAGGACCAGUUUCUGGAGUUUGGAGAGUUAAGAUUUGUCCCAUUCUUGUCUGACAUUUUGGGGUCUUCUUUUUCGUAUUGUUUGUGCUAUUAUGUGCCAAAUGUUUCUAUGAGUCACAAGUCUGGACUGCACACAAGCCACUGAAAACAAGCUGCAUGGUUCCUCCUUUCUUUGGAGCAGAUUUUGCAGUUUCUAUGACUUCCAAAAAGCAGGGUCUGGCCCAGAGAAGCAUAUCUAGAUCAUGUUUCUAUAAGGUUUCACUUUGCAUGGUACAGUUUUAACCUGCCUUAGCAGAGGAAGUGACAAACUGUGUCAGCAGACAGUGGUUUUUGGGAGGUGAUUUGAUCAGUCAUCCUGUCAGAGUGGUAAACCUUUCCUAUCCUCACAACUGAAAGACUCUGCCUCUCUGAAAUGCCUGUUUUAUAACGAAUCAUGUCAUUAACCUGAUACAAAUUAAUAAUCAGUAGUGAGAUGUUCCUUCAGGGUUUUUUUAUAACAGUGGCAUUGGGGUUGUAUAACAAUUUUGUUAGUUCAGCACGUGCGGUUUUUACAAAAGUUCCGUUCUCAUCAACAAAUGUGGAUAAACUCCAGUACAGUCUGAAUGUCAUAAUUCUCACCAAGCAGGAAAAUGCAUUGACUUUGAUGUCCCCCCUGUUUGUGAGUGCCUGGCUACAUGAAAACCAUGUGUCCUCCCCCUUUGUGCAGAGUAAUCCUGUGGCUGUGAGUCGAGGAGUUUCUCAGCCAGACCAUGUUGAAGAAGAGCCUUCAGACAUUUUCAGUGAGGAGAAGACGAGCAGCACAACCGCCAAAUCAAACGGAGUUCAUUCUGAUGAUGACAAUGACCUGUUUGCUGGUUCGUAGACUGUAUCAUAUGAUAGCAGAUCCUGAAAGGCUCAAAACUCUUGCUGGGUGCUUUAUUUUCAAAUCUCUUAUUCCACUGAUUUUGUACAUGCGGUUCUCUGUAAUGCUCAGAAGCCUAAUUAGUUAAUUGACUAAUAGUUUAAGCUCUAGCUUGGAGAGUACACAUACUGCACAUAACAGUAAGCCUGUGUUAGGAUGUACUGUAUAUCCAAGAUGGGUUUUGGCUACCUAAUUAGAAGUGUGUGAUUACAUUUUUUGGAGCUUGAUCCCAAACUUAGUAUCAACAGUCAGGUUAAAACUAAAAUCUGAAUUUCAUUGACAUGUUUCAAUCCAUGCUCUCAGAUCUAAGUAGAUUUAAUAAGGUUAUCUUUACAUUUAGUCCAAAGUACCAGCGUUGUUAGGAUUGAAGUGCUUCAUCCAACAAAAGAGUAUAUAAGGUUAGAGUUGUUCAUUCAAAUGUGAAAUAUAUUUUUUAUUUUUCUGACAAACAAAUGAAAACUUAUAAUUGUGAAUGUUUACACUAUCACUGCUUGUAAAAUAAUGACAGUUAUUUAGUUAGUUGUUCCGUUUUGCUCGAGAAUGUGAGACUCUGUGUUCACUGUACUGUAUGUGAGCUGUAGCUUUUCUGUAGUGAGCUGCCAAACAUAGCGUGGUGCUGUUGUUUGACAUAAGGUGCAGUGUGUGAUCAUGUCUGACAUGCACUAAAGUUGUGUCUUCUUCUUUGAUCAGCCUAUCAAAAGUCUUUUUCUCCCCCAGAGGCACAAGCAGAGCUGAGCACAGACAAGCCCGGCAGCUCUGCUCAGAAGGAGCUCCCCGCUUCCUUGUUCACCCAGAGCCCAGCAGCUCUGCAGCCCACCUCUUUGGAGCAGGUACAGGCCAUGACAGAGUGUUGUCACUUUAUUUUUCAUGUCUCAUCCUGUGCGGUUCAUUUGUUUAUUAGUGUGUGAAAACCAAGGCUGACUCAGUCACUGUAAACCAAAUCGACCUGGGGGUACUUUUAAAGUGACCUUGAACCUGAAAGCUUUCUGGGAACAUGGAAACAAAUAAUGUCACACUUGCUCUUUUGCAGUACAAACACUCUCAGUCUGCUUGUUUCAGUUUUAAGAGUUUUGCUCUGUUUGUUCAUGUUAGCUGGAGGAGGAUGAGGCCAAGGACAGCUUUGACGUGGAUGUUGCCGUCACAAACCCAGAGAAAGUUGGUCGGUCUUUUUUUGUCUUUAUUCUGUUGUGGUAAAGAGGUUUUAAAGUUUCCAUUGAAUCCAGACGUCAAUAUGUAGAAAUCUGUUAAAUAAUUCUAAAAUAGAAUAAAAAUACUUCAUUAAAGCAACCUCUGAAGAGUCAUUUCGUACCUAAUAUACAGCAGUUUUACUGUGUCUCUACUGUUUGUGUCUUUCUAGGGGAUGGCAUGAAUGCAUAUGUGGCCUAUAAAGUAUCCACCAGGGUCUGUACCUAGAGUUUUUUCUGUUACAUAAUAUUUUUAUAUGUGUUUUUAGCUUUAAACUGUAAAUACAUCAAAUAUUUGAUGAAGUAAUCAUCUUUAACUUCCCAUUUUGCUUGUGUCUCUGUCUUGACUUGAAUUUCAGACUUCCUUGGCCAUGUUCAGGAAUAAAACCUUCUCUGUGAGGAGACGUUACAGUGACUUCUUGGGUCUUUAUGAGAAGCUGUCGGUGAAGCAGUCUCUGCAGGGCUGCAUCAUCCCACCCCCACCUGAGAAAAGUGUUGUAGGUGAGUCCUUACUUGUCGGUCCCUUGUGGUACUCUGGGUGUUUCUUUUUUUUGUCUCCUGUUUGUGACUCUUGUUUGGAUCCACAGGAAUGACCAAAGUAAAGGUGGGAAUGGACGACCCGUCAUCUGUGGAGUUUGUGGAGAGAAGAAGAGCAGCUCUGGAGAGGCAAGUAUCAACCCUUGACUUGACCAUGAACUUAGUUACUGAGAGAUGAUAGUUAGUGCGGGUAGAGGGCUGAGUCUGUACACAGCAUGGAAAGGUUCUCAUACAGCAGUAUCACAUCCAGACAGUUGCUCCGAAAUCGUACAAAGAAAGAGUUGCUGUGGCUUUAAUUACAUUUCUGCAUAGCAUCACAAAAAGCCAAAAACAAGAUUUUUCACUCUUUUGAGUACCUUGUGAUGUAAAUAAACAGCCUGUCUUUUCUGCAGCUGAUUGUGUUACCUUUGUUUUUAUUGAUACAGAGGAAAAUUUAACAAGAUUGCACAGACACAUUGAAUAACUAAACACAUCUUCAGAUCUUCUUCAUACAAGACUAGAGACUGUAGACAGGAUGGGGAACUAGAAAGAGAGAGCGAUGAAAAGCAGGAAAUGGUCGCAGGUUGAAGUCAUACCCAGGCCCACUCUUUCAAGGGUCAUAGCCUCUGUACAUAAGGUGUGUGAUUUAACCAGAAGGCCAAGCCAGCGCCCUUAAAAGAGUUCAAUUUGAAGACAGGAAAUGUCUGAAACUCUGGUUGAGAGGUGCUGUUAUGUUAAUGCUUCCUCCAUUUCAAUUAAACUCUCUUCUCAUUUCUUAUUUCUUGCUUCAUGCAAACAUUUUCCUUUUCAUAACUUGGUUUUGCGUGAACUUUGGCUGUAGGUAUCUUCAGAGAGUCGUAUCUCAUCCACUGUUACUACAAGAUCCUGAUGUCAGAGAGUUCUUGGAAAGAGACGAUGUGAGCAAUCUUAAAGUCACAAACCAAUUAAAGAUUUUAUCUCUGUCAAGGUUUCAUUGGUUUUUUAAUCACAUGCUCCAAAAAAUUUUUUUGUUUGUGUUUCAGCUUCCCAGAGCAGUGAACACUCAGACUCUGAGUGGAGCUGGCUUUCUCAAAAUGAUCAAUAAGGCUUCAGAUGCUGUCAACAAGAUGACCAUCAAGAUGAACGAGUCUGACACUGUAAGAGGACUCAACCUCAAGUUUGUUUUAUGGUGUUAAAUGGGGGAGAGGGGGGAAAAAAUAGACCCUAAUGAGGAACUAACGUUAAUGUCAAAGAUGGUAACAGAAACUAUAAAUGGCCGGGAAUUUGGAUGCUUUAAUUAACAUUUUUAAAGACCUACGUUAACAUUGAGUGUGUCAUAGUAAUAGAAAUGGACACAUGCUGUUCAGGCUAAUUUUAUACCUAUAUAUGAAUGGUCUAUAUUAAUGUUCUAAAUUUCUGUAUCAAAGGAAAUAAUUGUUUUUUCCAAGUUUGUACACUUUCAUCCAAAGGUCAAAGAUGUCGUUGAUAUCCCAUUUUAGACAUGCCGAGAAAGUGUGUCUGACUUUUUACUCUCCUGUCUUCACGUCUCAGUGGUUUGAGGACAAGUUCCAGGAGAUGGAAAAUGAGGAGCAGCAGUUGAGGAAACUUCACGCCAUAGUAGACUCCCUGGUUAAUCACAGGAAGGGUGAGCAACUUCUGCCUUUCUAGACUUCCCAUGGUCACAGCUGAGGAAGCAGAAGAGUGCAGCGGGGAGAGUAGGCUGAAAUUUGAAGACUGAAUAAGUUCUCUGUUUCCUCCUUCAUCACCAGAGUUGUGUGGGAACACAGCAGUGUUUGCCAAAAGUAUGGCCAUGUUGGGAAACUCUGAGGACAACACUGCACUGUCCCGGGCCCUGUCCCAGCUGGCAGAGGUGGAGGACAAGAUGGAGCAGCUGCAUCAGGAGCAGGCAGCCAGUGACUUCUUCAUCUUUGAAGAGCUGUUAGCCGACUACAUCCGCCUGCUGGGUGCUAUGAGGGUAAGCUCACGGCAGCGGGUUUGUCGAUAAAGAGUAGGAGGAAGUUGAGAUGAGAUAAAGAUUCUUCAGAAGAAGAGAGGGUGAAUUAAGUAAAAACAUAAACUGAACACUCACAAAUGUCACGUAGAAGUUGCUGAAAUUGAUUUUCAUUUAUAGAGCGGUAAAAUAUGAUAAUAGAGGGUUCAAGAUGACAAGUCCAGGAGUAAAGCCCAAACUCUAACCCUAACUGAGAGCCAAAAUGGGAUUAAAAAAAAAAAAAGAAAACCAAAUAAGUCAACAGAGACAGGUUUUAUUGCUUGAACUGAAGAAAAGAAACAGCUCAGAUUGUUCCUUUACUCACUUAAACCAACUCUGAUAACAUUUGGAAUACUUCAACAAAUCACAAGGUCACAGUUCUAUUGCAAGCACACCAGCUGUUUGUCUUUUUGGAAGGUGGACUGAUGUGUUGCUAAAUCAGUCCUUCUUCUAAUGUAAAAUUGAUGUCCUCAGGGGUGUUUUGACCAGCGCAUCCGGGCGUGGCAGAGAUGGCAGGAGGCUCAGAGCACACUCCAGAAGAAGAGAGAGGCUGAGGCCAAACUGCUGUGGGCAAACAAGCCCGACAAACUGCAGCAGGCUAAAGAAGAGAUCUCUGAGGUACCAGACACAUGCUCUGAGGCAACCUUUAAGGCACUGGAGUCCGAGGUUCAAAAUGAGUUCAGAAAUGUUUCAUAUCCUCACCAUCAGGAGGUCAUGUUUUCUACAUUGUGUUCUGAAGUUUCUGCAGUUAAAUCUUGAGUGACUGGAGUGAAAUCUGCAACAAGAUAAAGGUUUACAUCCUCUAGUCAGAUCACAGUGCCAAAUAUUUGUGAAAGCCGGUCCCUUAUAUGUGAAGACUCACCCCUUUUUAGUUGAUUGUCUUUGAAUCAGACCUUGUAAUGACAAUUUUUUCACUAUUGUUGACAUUUUGUCGUUUAAAUUAAUAUACAGAUUUUUGGUACAAAUCACAAGAAGAAAACUUUUUCAGCUGAUUCGCAUUUUUAAUCAAAUUUAAUCUAAAAUUUCAUGAUCAAUAGGUGAAGAAAGAAGUUUUACCUCUUUAUUGAUGGUUGUUUUACUCUCUUAUGUGUCUUCAGUGGGAGGGGAGGGUGACUCAAUACGAGAGAGAUUUUGACAGGAUCGGCAUGACUGUCCGCAAGGAGGUUCUCAGGUUUGAGGUAAGUUCAUUUAUUUAUAAACACUAAAAAUAAAAUAGUAAUGAUCUUUAGAUGUCAUGCUACAGCUCUACAUUCAAAGGGAUUUGACUUUUUUUGGGCAGUCUGUCAGCACUGUGCUCUGGUUCAGCACCUCCCAAAUCAAAGCCAGAGACCGUCAGUGUGUCUGUUCCUCCAGAUUCUGCAGAAGUUUGAUGAGGUGAUGGGGAAAUGUUGAUGCUCUUAUGCAGCUGUGGAUAACUGAUAAUGCCUUAAUCAGUCAAAUUAAGUUUGAAGUCAGGUUCAUUUAUUGCUCAUUUCUGUUAUUGCUCUUCACAUACUCCAAGUAUUCAGUUUAUCACUACUAACAAAGCCCUGUUUUUCAGCGAUAUUAGUGCAAAGUCUGAGAUCCGUUUUACACCUGUACACUCUGUGACGUUUCUUCCCUGUGAUUUGCACAACUGGAUGUUCCUCUGUACUUAUCAGUCAAAUACAAAGACCUUAAUGUUAGUGUCACCUUUAAAAUAGAGCAUGAUCUCUUUAUCAGUUACUGCUUUAUAGACAAAAUAUACUAUCAUUUCUUUCUGUAAUUUUAGACAUGCAACCUCUCAGAGAAAAAGGUAUAGUUUGUUUUAACCAACACGACCUCGUAGUAACAUUUCAUACUUUCUUUCACCUGUAUUUUGGAUUAGUUUCACUUUAAACCUUUGUAAAAAUAAAAGAGAGAGAAAAGCUUCAAAUUCACAUCGUGAGACUAUUCACCCUCUCUGUGGACCUUGUAUAAAGGUGAAAUUCUGCCAGAAAUUUUUCCUGUCAGCCUCAAUGUUUGUAAGGAGCUUAAAACAUGACAACCCUUUUGGCUUUCAGAAAGAAAAAUCCAAGGACUUCAAGAGCCAGAUAAUCAAAUAUUUGGAGGCGAUGCUGCAGUCUCAACACCGGGUAAAGAGUUAUCUUUAAUCUUUACGUGAAGUACACCCAACCUUCUAUUUGAUGACAGUUUGAAAUGAUUGAAUAUAUUGAUAGGGAAUUUGAAUAAUGGUUCUCAUGAGAUUUUAUCGAAAGAUAUUACUAACAUCAAAAGAGUAUUAACUUUCUUUUAAUUUGUCUCUUUUUUUUUUCUUUUUAUUGUCCAGCUCAUCAAAUUUUGGGAGGCGUUCCUGCCUGAGGCAAAGGCAAUAGCUUAAUGAACAGGGAGACUUUUUGUAAAGACCCCAACUGCCUUUUUUGAACACUUUACCUCUUGAGCAGAACUGAGAGGACAAUUUUGAAACACACAAGAAACUUCCAUCCAUUUCUUUUUUUUACUUUUUAUUCAUAGCGUAUUCUCUUAACUUGUACAGGUCUUUGAUAAACUAAGCUGCCGCAAUUACACAACCUUUCUUUGGCGUUUCUCCUUUUUUUGUAUUCCUGACUGAAAGAUGGUUUCAAGCAGGAAUCCAACAGUUAUAAACCCAGAUGUAUUAUUACAAAGGUCCACUGUUUUUUGUCCAUCAGUGGGUUAUGUAUUUAUGUUUCUCGCUUAAAUCAGUAUAUUAACACUGAGGUACUGCCCUAGAAUAACAUUGUCUAUAGUUUACAUUAGAAGAUAGACGUAUGUAAGUCAUUCCAGCCUCUAACAGCUCAUGUUAAUGGAUGCAUGACAAAUAACAUUUGAUGCACUAAAUCUCAUUGCACAGUUUGAAAAGCUGUUUUUAAAUGAAACACCACUAUUGAUGACUGAGGUCAUUUACCAGGAGUAUUAGCACAUUGUUAUAGUAUAUUACAUGAUACAUUAUAGAUCAAAUAAGUCAUUAAACUUGAGAUAUGACGAGGUUAAAGACUUGUAAGAGUUGUAACAAAUGAUAACAGAAAUAUGAUGUUACUGUGAGUGCAGGGUGAGAAAUGCAAUCUCUACUUUGUUGGUAUUUCCUACAAUGAUGUGUCUGUUAAAACUGUGUUAUUAUAUUAAUACAAUUUUUUCACUUAAAAGUUUUAAAUGGUUAUUUUGUCAGAGAAUUCGACCCAAAGGAACUCUUUUGGAACUGCUGGAGAGAUUGUUUACCACUCCUGUAAAUGACUGUUGAUGACAUGUCAACAAACAUGUACAGUACUUGAAUGGAGUACGACAAUAAUGACUGAAGUUUUUCAAAGCCAUCCAUUUUUUUAACAAAAUUAGUUUGAAGAUAAUGAUGAUGAUGAUGAUGAAGAGGCACAGACACUCAAGUGAUACAGUCCCAUGUUUUCUUAUUCUGCAUUUGUACUUGUAGUUUUUUCUGUCAUGUCAUAUUUACGUAAGAAUGUGCUUUAUUUUUGUAACCACUUUGCAUUAGCACACACAUUUCUCGGGAAAUGCUCUACAGGUAGACGUAAAAAAAAUAAAUAUGAUUGGUUAAGCUUUGGGCUCUGUGUUCAUGUUUGUCUUGUUUUUUGUUUUGUUUUGUUUUUUGGUUGUGUUUAGUUGAAUAAUCAAUUUUAAUUCUAAAGAAUGGUUAAAUUAUACAGUAGACCUGCAGGAUUGUUGUCACAUUAUUGACACAAAAAAAGCACUUGUCAAAUCUUUCUGUGUAACUGCAGGUGUCUUCUCUCAUUCAUACAGAAAACACAAUGAUAUAGUUUUUCUUCCAUACUUAUGAGUGCUGAUGUAUUCGUAUUGCAUCUGAGCCUUAAGACCACAUUUUCAGUGACAAAUAUUUAAAGUAACUUACUUUUUUAAUAAGUGACAUGAUUCCAAAAAGCACAGACAUCCAAGUCCACAAGGAAGACUCACAAACUCUGUAAUAGAUAAAAUGUAGAGACUAAAGCCUUCAGACAGCAGUCUUCCUCUUCACUCUCCCACUCACUUUUGUCAUGAAUCUCAGCACUGAUUGAGAUGGGAAUCCUCAACAGCCCACUUCCACCGGCAACAGCCACAUUGUCCACCCUUUGUCCUUUAGUCCUGGAGCAGCUGUUGAUCCUUGUCCCUUUUUUUCAUGAUAGAAAAGCAAGCAAGAGUAAUAGGAGUUUAUCUCUUAGCUGUUUUAGCUCAUGAGUAAAUGCUGAUUAUGAUAGUUUCACGCACAUGAAGUUUCCAUAUCUGCAGUUUACAACGGACUAAUACCACCAUGCUUAUGUCUAAUACAGAUUUCAUGAUGAGAUGGAGAACUUACUCUGCGGGGUUAAAAAUUUAUUUUGAAAUUGCUGAACCUAAUAUCAUACUGUAUGAGCGAUGGUGUUAAGAUACAUUUUUAAGCUUUAAUGCAUAUUUAAUAAGUUCAAUAACUGAAUGGCUAUAUUCAAAUAUAAGUACAAAGAAAUAAAAAAGGAUUUGGGAAAUUAUGUUACUCUAUCUGCCUGGUGUCAAACUACAGGAAAGAUUGGAUAAGUAAACACAUAUAGGGAGAAAGGCCAUUAUUAGAUUCAAUCAUUUUAAAGUUUUUGUGUGGGACUUUCUGUUCAUGUUGACCCUGGUGCCUUAGUGGGGCUGAAUUGAAUUUCUCACACCUUUGCUGACCUUUUCCUGUAAAUUUUUCUUCAUCAAAAGUGUAUAUGUUCUCUGACUAUCUUUUGAUACCUGUGUAAUGUAUCUCUCACUGUGAAACAGAGCAUGUUCUCCACUGUCAUGUCGUAAAAAAAACGUGGAGGCCAUGUUCUUGUCUGUCCUGGACUACGGCGAUAUAAUAUACAGACAUGCUGGAGUUUCAACUCUGAAGCCUCUGGACUCAGUUUAAAAAGCAAAUACAUGAGGAGAUAAAAGGUCAAAAUAUGACUUAAAAUUUGAAAUUGGAAUCUAAAGUAUAAAAAUGACACAAGUCUAAAUACUGAGUUGAACAAAAUCAAAGCAUGAAAUAAAAAAUCCAAUCAUGUUUGACUUGUAAUCUUGAAAUGCAAACUUGAAAACAUGAAAUAAAACACCAAUAUUUUCCCCCCACAUUCUUGACUAUUUAUGAAUGUUCCUUCUACUUUAAUUUCCUAGAUUGUCGUGGUUCAUUAAGGACAUUUUAAGUAAUGGUGCUAAAGUUUACAAAUCUGCAGACUUCAUACUGGUGGGCCAAUAAUAAUACAAAUAUGAUAUGAUCCUGUGGGCCAGAUAUAAUUGUUCCACGGGCCAGAUUUGGCCCCUGGGCCUUGAGUUUGACACCUGUGGAAUAAAUGAAUGAAUAUUUGACAUCUACCCCUAAAAUUACAGUAUAAAAACUCUCAAAAUUGAUGCUUUUUGUCUUUUUACCUUUAUCUUCCAUAGAGAGGCUUUAAUGUUGAUUCCAGUUUAGUUCAUGACCAGAAAACACUCCUAAGAGGGGCUUUAAAUGUUUGUUCAAAUCACAGCUGGAUGAGCAGAUGAUAAUGAAUGGGUUGUAUUACAGAAAAUGUGAUAUUGUUCCAAUUUGUGAUUUGCAGGAUAGCAUAACAAGGAAAAGGUAGUAAUUAAAAUAUAUAUAUAUUUAUAUUUUUAAGUAGUAGUUAAUUAGGCUGUAUCAGCGUGACCCGGAAGUCUGUGUCCUGAAGCGGGCGGUGCCGUGUUUGUACCUCCGGUGUGUUUGACCGUUUCACAAGCAGCAGCGAAGAAUGGAGAGAGACGGUAGUCCGCUGUUAGCCUGAAACAUCAGGAACAACAAGUAACAGCCGAAAACCUCACAACAAGCUCCUGGGAUCCGUGUUUAGAAGUGCAGAGGGAUAGAGAAGCUGCGUCCUCGACGUGUGGGUUCCCUCAGAGCGAAGGUGAGUGUUGUGCUGCUGUGUGUGUGUUUGAGAGCAGCUAGCUCAGAAAGACUGUUAGCUCUCCUGUUUUUGCUGCUAACGGAGCUCAUUUCCAGCUGUCACACAGCCAUCAGGAGGUGUUAGCCAGCCGAGACCUUAAUUCAAAGCAGCAAAGAAGCCUGCUGGGCUCAUAUGAAGCGUAAAAAAAGCAAACUGCGAAAUGUGGUUUGGUUAGAAUAUGAAAUUAAAGCCGCGGAGUCUGUAGCGUUAAAUGUUUGGCUAGCGUUGAAUGCUUUGGGACUGUAUGAUGAUGGAAAGCAGGAAGGCUAACUUGGCUAGCGGUGGAUCGCUUACUAAUCGAUGUGUCCAUCACUGAUGUUAGACUGCCAGGCUUUGCUUUGUCCAGGAGACGCUGGCGCACAAAUGCCAGCUCGCUUCCUUGUUGUGAUGGAGCCGCAGGCCUGAGCAGGCUGAUAUUUCACACAAACAAGAGGCUCAUCAGGAUGGUGAAAACUUCAGCAGACACAUGUUCCUUCUUGCUUUUUUUUGUAAUAUUUGAGCCACAGGCUUCAUUCACAUGUUUGUUCGUUUUAUCUCAGUUUGCACAGCGGCCGUAAAAAAAUCUCAAGUCUUUAAAGCAAACACUUCAACAAGGCUACUUUUUACACUUUGAUAAUCUGUUUAACCAGAAAUCCUCAAACCGGUCUAGUUAUGUUUUAAUCUGCAUCUGAACUUUUGACUGAACCAAAGCUACAACUAUAAUUCAGUAAGAGUUGAGACGCUCUUUAAAAUGUUGGGUAACGCAGAAUUAGAUAGUUUGCAAAUCACUUUAUUGCUUUUUAGUUGUUCUCCUUAAGAAAUGUAAAAAAAAAUAACUAUGAUAACUAAUACUGGAUGGCAGUUAUCAUUGAAAUAGACCUUACUGUGCAGUGGAAAUCACUGCUUGUGCUCAAUAUUGCAGUCCAAAGCCCUUGUCUAUGAACACAAAUGCAGGUUAGAGCUGUGCCAUAUAAACACAAAGCCUAAAAAGGAUGGUGACUUCUCUCGACCCAAGCCCAUUGAGGAUGGACCCAGACAUAGUGGGAAAUGAGUUUAUGGUCUCACUGCUCUGACAAAUCAAAUUUGACGUGUUUUUCUGGAAUUCAUGGAUGCCAGACCCUCACCUCCAAAGAGGAGGAGGAGGCACUUCCCACGGUUCAAAAGCCAUCAUUCCUGGUGGUAUGGGGAUGCUUUAGUGCCGAUGACAUGGCCUCUUUACACUUCUGGGUAGGCACCAUUAAUGCUGAUGAAUGAUAUUUACAGGUUUGUACACAACAAUUGCUGUUAUCCAGACAAUGCAUUUGUAAUAGGCCUGCCUGUAGUCCCACCUCUCACCUGUUCAAAACCUUUAAUCUGGCGCAUUAUGAAAAGUAAUAUCAGUAUAACAAAAAACAUGAAUUUAUAUUCAAAGAAUUAAAACUUUAAAUAUUUUUGUGAUUUCUUUUGGAUCUUUUGAGUUUUCUGCUUUCAUAUCAAAACCCUGUACCUCACUUAGUCCAGCUCUCUGGCAGAGACUCUGAGGCCUGCAUGGAGAAGUAGACAGAUGUUAGGAGUGGCGAGCGCAGGUGGAGCAACAUGUUACUUCAUAAACUUUAAGAAACAUGGUUGACUGACUGAGAUGUCAUCAGGAACUUCUCAUAAUGUUUAAACUUAUGUCAAAUCUUUGUUUCCCAUGUUAGCAGCUCAUGCUGUUCUGUCAGUUGUGUGUGUGUGUGUGCUCUCUCCAUGUUAACAAGCACCAGGACAGGCAGGAAAACAGUUUCUCUAAAACCAUCUUGCCUGGUCGAGCCUUUUGCUGGUAGACUGUGACUGUUGCAAUGUCAGGAGCAUGUUUACAUUUUGAAGUCAUGUGGCACUCAGCGGUCUGUUUUCUGUGUGUUUCAGUGAGGGGCUGCAUUAAAGUGAUAUCGGGUAGAUGUUUAUUUUAGAUCAGUCCUGGAAAAUGAGAAACUGGUGACAGCAUGAUGUGAAAUCAGAUCAUAUGACUGACAUUACAUGUCCUGUGGUGAGACUCCUGCACAUUUGGCCUUUUUGUCAGCUGUCUUAUUUAGUAUUAUAUCGUAGAGUAUGACAGGUUAACCUCUGAUUCCCACCCUUGUUAUCAACCAUCUGAUGUACACUAAUGAUUUUAUCAUCUUGUUAUGUAUAGAGCUGGCUUACAGCAGCAAAACAUCCACUUUAAUUCUUCAAAGUGAGGCACUGUGAUUUUUGUAACUAGAGCGGACCAGAAGCAGCAUUUUUAUUUCUGAUAGACCUCUUAGUGUGAUGAACAAAGUGAAAUAUCUGGGGUACACAAUCAGGAACAACUCAAAUGAUGAUGAUGAUGCUCAGCAGCAGUGCUGCAAACUUUAUGCUAAACACUGGUGAGUGAAUUUAUAAUGUACAUGGACAACAUCAAAGCUUUUUUCAAGCUUGUUAGACCCGUCUCUACUCCACUGGAGUGGGGGUGGGAGGGCUCAAGGAAAAAGGUUGGGAAUUACUGCUCAGCUCCACUUCAUCCUGCUCACUCGUAGUGCAAUUACAGUAAAGUUAAAAAUGCAAAAGCUCCAUGUGGCAUUUUUAUGACACAUUUCGAAUCUAUCUGGAGUUAAGAUGGAUUAGUACAAGUAUCAUACUGAGACAUGCUACGUACAAAUUGAUGUCUUAACUACUUGAUAAAAAAAAAAAAGAAAUUGUAUGGUGCCUGUUCAGCGCAAAAUGGACGUAAAGAUAGAUCAAUACGGGAUAUAAAAACAAAGAAAUAUAGUUACUGUGGGCAGCGCACUGAAGAUUUCACCUCAUUGUUAAAAGUGCCAAAAGUUUUGUCAGGUGUUCUUGAUAGGAUUCAGGUGGAUGUGAUGAAGCUAUCUUUAAAUGCUGACACAAUGCAAAUAUCCUGCUUGUGGUCAGAUGUGCAAACAUACAGUACACUAAAAUGUAAAUGUUCUUGCUCAGCUGCAUGGAUGGAUUGUUAGUAAAUCAAUAGACUAUGCACGGUUAGUACUCAGUUACCCCCAAUCUGGUUAAAUAAUUGAUUAACCCAUAUCCACCAAACAACUCAAUUGAAUACAGAGCAAUACAAACCGAACUGGCCGGACAUUUGCCAAUUGCCACAAUACAUACUCUGAAGUGAAAUUCUUCCAAUGACUUUAUUCAGAAUUUGUUAGUAGAUUAAAAAAAAAACAAUAACAAUAAUAAUAAUAAUAAUAAUUGCAAUAAUAAAAAACAACAAUAAUAAAACUAGCAGUAGCUACUUUUUAGGGUUUUUUUUCUUUCAUAGGAACAAACAGAUAAAUAUCCAAGUGUUUGUUUCUUAAAUCUCUUUUGAUAGUAAACUUAAUGUUGUCAUAGACAGAAUAAAGUAUUUGAAAUUUAAAAUCUCAGCCUCAUUGAUGGUUAAAAUUAUGUUCUGACAUGUUUGGAAAAGACCUGACUUUAGUGAUCUGUUAGAAGACCAGUGGGUGGUCGUUCCCCAAAUGCUCAGCUGCUCUCAGAUAAUGACUGUAUAAUACUAUCCACUGCUGGAGUUAAUACAGAGUCUGUGCAGAGUAAGAGAUGAAACCUCUGCUGAUCAUCACGCUAUAAUUGUAAGAUUUUAAUAUCAAAGCCAGUAGGUGGAUCAGCGAGAUCAUUGUCAUGCAUGUGGGUGCGCACAGCAGCCAUGUAUUGCACGUGUUGUUGUUUGCUGUGAAUUGGCGGAGGAGGAAAAUCAUUGCUAAUCUAAAUUACCCCCAGUCAUAUUUCAUAAGCAGUGACUUUAAGGAGCGAGGCAGCUGUUAGCUGGCACCACCGCAGUAGGUGUCUGCUCUAUUGGCAGCCCCCCUCUCAAGCUGAUCUUUCUGCUGAAGGUUAAUCACUCCACUCAGAGCCUUUAUGUUUCUGUAAAAGUGAAAAGAUGUCAACAGAUUAGUCUUUUUAAAUAGAUGAUAAUCAGAUAGAAGCAUCUCCCUCUUUUUUUUUAAGUCGUUUGAUGGGAAAAUUUGUGGUUAAUCAGCGUCUUUGGAGACCUCCGCAUCAAUGCCACGUUCGUAUGAAUACCAGCAAGUACAUUACAUUCAAAAAUCAGCAAUUAACUUAUUACAGCAGCUGUCUUGAGCUCUUCAAAUGUUCAUUUUUUUAUCACUAACAUCAUCAAAGAAAUCUUUUCGCCACUUUAAGUGCGUCUCGCUGUUACGGCUUUGUGCCCGUGAUUAGACUGUAAACAGUUGUGUUUAUGUAUUUGAUCUGCUCUCCUCACUGCAGUGGAUUUUUAUAGCAGCCUCGUGAACACCUCCUGUAAUAUGAAACAUUUCUUGCUCAUGCAGAAUAGGCCGAGUUUAAUGGCGUAAAGCAAGUGAGAGGACCACAGGAUAGAGAGAGGCUGGUUUACUGUAACACAAUGACACACGUGUGUGACUCUUCAAAUGUCUCAUGCUACUAUUCUAUGAGGGAGGAUCAUAUUUAGGCCCGAUUGUACUUUAUAUCAUACAGUGGGUUAUUUAUUUUUUUGCAAGGAAGCAAGUUGAAUGUAAGUUUGAUCCAAAAUUAAGAAAUGAUUGUGAUGCUUUAAAAAAUCAGUUUGCGUUACUCUUUUGACAAUGAUCCCCUGGUUUAACAAAAAGUAGUCCCCCCUUUUCUUUAACAUGGAUUCAGGCACGCUGGAGAUAGCAGACAGACGACACCUUCUAGCUGCACAGGAAAACAAACGACAGUCCAACAGAACGACACAAUUAUGGGUUUAUUGUUUCCCAGAUCAUCCAUGUGUCCCCUUGUAUGAGAUACCAAGUUACAUUAGAUUGUAAAACCGUUGCAUGUAACAGCACAAAGCUGGAAUAUUAUAACCUUGAAAAACAAUGCUCUCUGUUGUUUCCCGUGCUGGCUGCUCGCUCUUAUUCACGGUUGUAAGACAGAAACACGGCUGAAUGCCACAUGUUGGAUCAAAUCUCAAGAAAGUCCGAUAAGAAAACAUGCACCUGAUCUUUUUUUUUUUCACAGUUCAUGAGAAAGAAAAGUGUCAUUCAGCUAAUAUCUUUUGAGAUUAAACUUCAUAGAGCCUUUGUUUCCCCUUCUUUGAGAUUAGGGUGAGAUUGCUUUUUGCAGGGGGUGUGUAUCCUCAAACACAUCCCUGUUUAUCAGGAGACAUGGCACCUCCACAGGGAUAAAGGCCGGGGAUUCCCCACAUUUCAUCAACACGGAGAAAGCUCUUUGUGUAAACUACAAGACAUUUUCCAGUCCACAGCAACAGUCCGACAGACUUUAAUUUGUCUGCACGUUAUUAAUGAGCUUGCUGACUGAUAUGAAUUCACACAGGCCUGGGCGUCUGUGCAUUAAAAGUGUGAAUAUUAAAUGCAAUACCUCCAUGCUCUGUGAAUUAAUUCCCUAUACACAAAAGGUGAAAUAAAGGCCUGCUAAAAUGAGGCAGUAUUCACAAUACCAUCAUUUUCUGUGUCCUGCAAAACACCUCAGCAUUAGUCAGCACCUCUGACAGUUAAUCUGAACCACAGCAUCGACAGGAGCAGGAGUUAAUAAGAGAGUGAUUUAUGUUUGUGUCUGCUGCUGAAGAUUUUACUCGGAUUAAGAUAAACAGGACACGUUUUUUUUUUAACUGGUGUUAGUAAUUUCCUUUUAGUUAACCUGUUUUCAAUCUAUAAACGCGUGUUUUAUCAUGAGCACUAAAUACACUACAUUGUAUUUAUUUACAACCAGAGGAAACAUGCUCACAUAGAUCAGUGCAAACUCAUUACAGCUCACAGAGUUACACACCUUUCAAAUUAAAAGUUACAGAAGACGUUUGCUCCUUCAUAAAGUGUAAUUUAGCUGUCUUGUGGUAUCAAUGAGGUUCUUUCUCACCUCGCUUUAACUUUUCCACCCUAAUCCUCGGUUCAGGCAUGUCUGAACAUGUUUCAGAUACUAAGUGGCUGUAGUAAUCCUACCAGUAAAACCAAUGACAAACGCAUAAAUCAGACAGAAACUGCACAUUCAGGUAGAUAUGUACAGAUUGCACCUUGUACUAACUUGUUUGCAUGUAUAAAGAAUAGCACAUUAAUAUAAGUUUUAUUUAGCAAUACAGCAUCAGUGAAAGCUUGGAAAUAUUCAAUGGAAACAUCCGGGUAAUCAGACCAAAACCAGCAAACCUUGUGUGCUUUAGAUUUUUUAAACUACACUCAAUCAUGGAUAGAUUUGAAUUAUCACCACCAGGUUAUAUACUGUAUUGAGAUUAAAGUAUCCUGAAAGAAGAUCUGCCCAGUUUUGUACCAUAACAGAAGGUUAAAAAAAACACCAUGGCAGACAAUUCAAUAGAAGCAUGUCCAAAUAAAAAUGUAACCGAACAUUACUUCAAAUACCUGUUUCAUACCUAAACUCUGGGCAUCAACAAGUACCAAGAAGUGAUCCAAGACCUGAUCCAACACCAGUCAGUAAUUGAGAAGCUGUAUGCUGAGAAUAGAUGGAUCUGAAAUUUAACAUCAGGCUUCACUUUUAAGUUUUCCAAAGAAAACAUUCACAGCUCAAAAUCAGAAAACUUCUACAGAGGGAAAUUAAAGGGUGGUAAUAAAGAAAUAUUUCUGAACACUGACGCUGUAGUGUCACCUGUGUGAGGACAGGAACUUAAACUUCUGGACAUGCUGCUGGCUUUUACAUGUACACAGUGAGUCUGACUCUGCAUUGUUUUGUAUUGAAGUUGGAGAUACACUCAUCCGAAUAGUUUUUUCAGCCUUAUAUCCCCCAAACCAGCAGCAGCAGCAUCUGUAGAAACAGAAGACUCUCAGGGUUUCACUCGCCUACAUGCUAACAUUGCCUCCUCAUGGAAAUCCCCGAAACAAGGAGAGAGGAUAUGCCUAAUAGCAUUACUUAACAACCCCUGUGUAUUAUAUAAAUGAAUGAUUUUUAACAUGCUGUGCUUUGUUGAAGGAAUAAAACAACAAAAAUACAUCCACGCAUAGAUAAGAGUUGUGUAGUUACAAGGAACAUGUUAGAGAAAAAGCACAUUUCCCCUUUACUUUAGCAAACCACACUGCAACCUGACAACACACAGUCCUGAUACAGUUCUUGUGACAUACAAAUGCUUAAAAAUAACACCAUCUUUAUAAAAUGACAAUGAUAAAACAUUGACUUCACAAAGUUGCAAGCUUAAAGGUACAGUGUGUAUGUAGUAUAUGGGGGCAUUGGCUGAACAGACUUGGUGGAAAUGGGUUAUAGUACGUAAAUUUUGCUUAAACUGGUGUACAAAUAUAUUGUUUAUUUUUAAAUGUGCAUUUUGUAUCUACAAGGAAAAGGGGUCUUCCUCCAUGGAGGCCGCCAUCAUGCUCCGCCUUGUUUCUAGUGUAGCACAGAACAAACUAGACACCAUAUGUGUUUUUAUAUUUCAUGGUUGGACACUAAGAGGGAAAGAGUGGUUGUUGUGUUUGCAAAGUAUUUUGUAUGGAUGGAAGUUUGUGACUGUGAAAACCUGACAAAUUAAGGGUAUUACUUAUACAUUACAGGAGCCUUUUGUCCUUAAAAGCUUGCGUCGCUUCCCCAAUGGUAAAGGUGAGCAAGAUAGCAUUUCAACCUAGAAUUCCACCUGGGAUAUCAGUAAAUGAAAGACACACAUGUGAGUGUGCAGGGAGGGAAUAAGCAGUUAAGCAUGUGCCCUAAAAAAUGAAUAAAUAGUCCUCUUGAAAAAGAUUUUUUUGAAUGAUUUUAGAAACCUCUCAGAAUAAAAUACUCAUUUACAAAUUGUCCAAAGAAAGUACUGAAUGUCACCAAAAUUUAAAGACAGUCAAAGACUAAUUUGUGUAAAUGUCCAAUCAUUGCCUCCAAGAUAACACGUGCACAAGCAUGAGGGCUUUAACAUGAAUAUGUUCUUAUAUCAGUCUGAUUAUCUUAGUAACACCUUUAUGAAUCUUUACAGGAAUCAUAGUAGAAAAAUUAAGGACCAAACAAAGUUCAAAGUUCUGAUUUGUAAUAUUUCUGAUCAAGUCUAGAUCUGCAGUUUUCAGUGAUGUGUCCAGGGCAGUCAGAUGUAUAAACACGAGGUGUGAAUGUGUUGUAAAGGUUCAGCGUGUGUCGUAUUGUGUUUGUUAUUCUGCCAUUUCCAAGGAGUUUGUUUGUCAGGACAGCCACCAGAGUUUCAAUCAGGAGAAACACCUGGCUUACCAAAUCUAAACACACCUUGUUACAGUGGCCUACAAAAGAUUACUUGCACAAUGGAAACUGUUACGACUCACCAUUGGUCUUUGCCUCAAACUGGCUUUAUAGCCAUGUUGUUCUGUUCCCUCUUUAUGUAAUAGCAACAGUGCACAGUUGCCCUUGAGAGCAAACUAGCUGUCUUUGAUGCGGAGAUCUGUGCAGGCAAUACUGAGCAUGAGUCAUCCGGAAGCCCACACACAAAUACUUUUCAGCAGCAGCCUUUCCAUGCCCAGGAAUUACAGCCUUGUCAUGAAAACAUUAGCAGCUGUUGUUUUUUUAAUCAUAGGAAGAAAAAAAAGUUGUUUGAAAGGAAAGAACUGUUUGAAAAUGAAUCUGUAUAUUUCUUUAGUUACUGUGUAAAACUAAUGACGAAAUUUACAGGCAACAUUUGGUUUGAAGCUUCGGUGCAAUGUAUGGCUGUGGAUGAGUAGCUGAAUAGGAAGUCCCCAAAGACACCUGCAGUUGAUAACAUCAUGUGCCUUAAUGACUGCUGAACAUACGCUAAACUGCCCUCAUGCUGCAUUGUGCGUAAAAGAGACGGUUUUACCAAAAUAAAAAAAUUUAGCUGAGCAUUUGACAUCCGCCGAGUUAAGCUAUGGUGUCCUUGUGAGCAGACACAGCUUUAUAUAAUUGUUUACAUAAUAUUCCCCACUGACAUUGUCUGCCGGCCGAUAGCCGUGGGUGGCGGAGAGUCUUAGAUGCCCUCGUGAUCACAACAAACUACGACUUAAGAUUUGUGUUGAUGCUCAAACUGGUCGCUGUGUUUUCUGUGACCACUGUGACUUGAUGUUUAUCUCUUAAGCCCCUGCGGUGCUUUUGCAGUAAGCCGGUCCUGUCUUUGUGGAGCAUUGUCCUCUUAUGAAAGAUUUGGAGCCUUUGUAUGACACAUGAUUUAUUUUUCACCCCUCUGUUGCAUGCUUUUGUUUUUGCUUUUUAUUUAAUAAUCACAUGUUAAAAUAUCAGAUUUACACUUGCUUUCAAUAAGACCACUUUAUUGUGCAUCAAAAGGCAGUUUGAUUGAUUAAACUCCAGUGUUGGGUCUGUUCAGUUUUAGAAGUAUUACAGCAUGUUUUGAAAACUUAAAAUGGCUAAAGUACUCCAGUUUGGCAUUUGAAAUUUGAACAACACCAGUGUUGUAUGAGGCCUGAGUUAUGUGUUUUUAUUAUAAACCCAGCUUUGGUAUUUUCACAGUGUUUUGAGUAGAGAAUGUUGUCGUGCCUUUUUGUUCAUUUUCAGAUUUUUGUCAAACAGGAUCAAACUGUUUUUGUGUAGUUAACUGAUGGGGACAUUUUCUUGCAAAGACUCUGCUGUGUUUGAUGUGCUGCUCACUUCAGAGGUUAAGUUUUCUCUUUUUUCUGUUUCACAGGUCUUCUACCUUCACCUUCCUGUGACAAAUGUUGAGGCCAGACUUGAGCCUGUUAAAGAGCUGUUAGAGGUUACAGGCAGAGGACGAGGAGGAGUGCUGCUUCGCUGUUCCAGGUCGUGUCCCAUGAAAGUGACUGUGCCAUCCAGGCACUCCCAGUGAUCAGGGCUGUGGCUGUGGUGGGCCCGGCCCAGGAGGCCUUCCCGUACAUCACUCCUGGCACCUGCUGACCUCUGCUGCUCUCACCAUGGACCAACAGAGAGAUAAAUAUGGUGAGCGGCCCGCCAGGGCGACUAAAGUGUCCCAGGGAAGCCGCAGCGGGCACUCGUCCAGACCAUCCGGCUCCUCCGGCCCCUCUGGGGUUCUCAUGGUGGGGCCAAAUUUCCGUGUGGGCAAGAAGAUCGGCUGUGGAAACUUCGGUGAAUUGAAGCUUGGUAAGUUGAGCCCAAAUCGUCGUUUUAAUGGAUUGUGAGAACAUGCUGUGAUUGAAAAGCAGAUUUCAGAGGUUUUUAGCCUGAUAUGUAAAUUAUUUGUGAUUCAACUUGAGAGUCAUCUGAAUAAUGUCAGUUUUUUGGACAGCUGCUUGGUAUUGCCUCAUACACCGAGAUGUUUUUUUAAUACCUUGUAUGAGUCAGAGUAGAAAAAGAAUAUCUGUCAUAAACAAUAGUGUCUAGUACUGUAAAUUAAAGCAGCAACAACAAAUGUGAAGUUUAACAACUCUGUUAAAAAGAUGGAAAAAUGGAAAAGAAUCUUCAUCAUCUUCACUGACAUCAGAAUUUUUCUUUUACAUUUGUGAGUCAUCUUUGAAAAGCAGUCUUACAUAUUACUCUGCUUUCUUUUUUUCAGGUAAAAAUCUAUAUACCAACGAGUAUGUAGCCAUCAAACUGGUAAGUCUAUACUCUUUCUUCUCCUUUCACUGAUAAAGAGAAAAAAUAACACACAGACACACUUAGUGUAAUAAAUCAGACAGUGUUGGAGUGGCGUGGUGGGGCAGUUGUUGUACUAAACUGUUCUGGUUUGAAACUGAAAUGUGAUGAGGUUUAGAUGCUAGGCUACCAAAAAUUAUACUACAGUUUACUUCGGAUUGUCCCUUUAACUGACUGCUCAUUGAAAUUUCCCCAAACACCAGCACAUCAUUUACUCACCAAAGCUUUGAUAGAGGAAGAGGAUUUGUGUCAUGUUUGUGAUAUGUGGCAGGCCCAUUAGUUCAUCAGGCUGGCUAGGGUUACAUGAUGGGAGGGUUUUUCCUGGUUCAUCCCAAAUCCUGUAAUAACAUCUCAUCUGAUGGCAUGCAAGUAUCUGCCCUUAAGUGCACGAUGAGUCAUCAGAAAGUCGCUGGCACUUUCCAACAACAUGGUGGAUACAGAAAAGAGGUUUUAUCCCUCGCUAUAUUUUAGCUCGUGGGGUUCGUUUUAGCUGAAUUCUGAUUGGAUGUGGUCUCUUUGUGCAGGAACCAGUGAAGUCGAGGGCACCGCAGUUGCAUUUAGAGUACCGAUUCUACAAAACACUGGGAACUACAGGUAAGGUCACAGAUAUUUUCCUACCUCUCCUCAUUGGUAUUUUCUGUGAACCCACUCGGACGAUAUUUGACUGUUUAGGAAUUAAAUUCAUCCCAGGAGAUUGCAUCAUUUCCACAACAAAUGAUUACUCCACUCAGGUUGUUUUAAGCUGUGUCAGCGACUUCAUUUAAUCUCCAGGAUUUUGUGGGCAUGAGUGUGUGAGCGCCUACAUGCAUGGAGAGUGUGUUUAACCCUGACCCUGCCCGACACGAGACCUACCAGGGGUGCAAUUCAGUAUGAAAGGUGUUGACAUAAAACUUCUUAUACACACACCCACACAACAGAUGCAACAGCUGACCUUUUCUCUGCUGCACUGUAAAGACUUCCUUGUUGUUAUCUGGGCAGAACAUGCAGGAAGUGCUGCAGGCUGUGUUUGAGGAUGUAGGUUAUGUUCUGCACCAUGUGUCUGCAGAGUAGGAGGUGUCCUGCUAACUGUAGAUUAAUGAACAUAUGUCCAAGGUCCAGUUCUGCUCGAGCUGGUUUUCCCCAUUUGUUAUGUGUUAUCACCUUGAAUGUCUGCAGAGUGGCUCGAAGAAUAGAAGCAAUUAAUUCCUCUGACAAACUGUUCUUUUAUCUGCGGACCAAGGUCCCUCGGUUGUUAAGAGCAGUAAACACAAACCUAUUGUUACUGUUUUCAUUUUAGUUGUUCAACCUGUCAGCAAACAGACCCUAAAUUUUCAAACCGAAACCUCUCGUCUCGAGCAGUAAAGCUAAUUCACAAGUGCUAAAAGCUGCAGUCAUUUGGGUGUCCACUCUAGGCCCGCUGCAAAAGCUGCAUAAACAUGUUUACACCACACUCAGUGCAGGAGGUUGAUUUUUUUUAUCACCUGUUGGAUUUUAUAAUAUUAUGGUUACCAGUUUUUCAUUAUUGAGGCACAGCUGACUCGACUGACAGGCAGGUAUUCUCUAGCUGUUAGAGAGCAGGCUAAAGGCUUGAGACUACGUCCAUGUUUUAUACAGUCUGGGGUAUUUUCUCAUCCAGUCAUCAAAGAGCUUCAUCAACAUUACAUCAGAGUACAGAAGUGCUUUUAAAAUCCCACUUCGAUCAUAUUUUUUUACUACUGAAAGUGUUCUCAGUGGUCUUUAAAUUUUGAUUAUGAAGUUUGUACCAAAAAACGUGUUACCUGUGUCAUUUUCAGGGGCUUUUUCUCUGCAGAGCUCCUGUAGCUCAUUGGCAAUUCGCCUCUGAGUUGUGGGCAGAGACAGCGCUGCUCCGCACACUCGUCUUCACGUUAGCAUGCUGCCUAACAUUGCUGGUGUAGUAGAAGAAGCAGAUAACAUAGGAGCUAAUAAGCCCUCAGAAACUAAUGCCUUUAGGGGUAUGAUGAAAGAUAAUAUCAUUAUUUGCUUUCUUAGGAGUACUGCAAUCUGCAAACACACACGCUUGUUCCAUGACCGUCCUCUUUAUUUCUCCUCUAUAUGCGGAGUGUGGCCUGCGUAGCGGGGUUCUGGGGGUGGAGCUUGGAUUGGUUACGUAUGAAAUUUCACUGUUUCUGAACCUGCCGUUUGGGUCUGCCAGAGAUUCACAAGGAUUUGAAUGAAGAAAUACUCAGAAAAGCAAUUUCGCCUUUAGUUUUUUCAUGAUAUGUCCUAUAGCAUCAGAAAAAUGCCAUAUGAACAUAUAAAAAACAAGAAAAACAUGAUUUUCAUUGGAGUGGGUCUUUAAGUCUGUUGUUUGGUCUGCACCAACUUCUGCCAUGGUUUCUACUACUGAACUAAUUCCAGGGAUUUAACUAGAAACCAGAAGCCUCCCUUUUAUAUCCCCUCCUCGCUGAGUGAAGUUUGUUAGAUUUUACAGCUUUUGUCAUUUAGGAAUCGGCAUCUUACUCCGGCUGGAAACAAUAAAGAUGAGAAUAGAGAGAGACCAGGCGAAGUCCAGAGGUGUUGUUUAGGAGAACAAAGACAAUGUCAGAAGCUUUGCAGAGUCUUGUGCUGCAGUCCUGAAGGUCCACCGUUAUAAUUUGUAGCUUUCACAUCUCACAUGGCUAUUUGCAUCAUCCUGCUGUAAAAAUAUCCAGCUCAGACACAUCAAGAAAAGGCAUCUGUGAGGCUCCAAAGAAGUGUGCUGUUGCCUGAAGGGGGUGAAAAAACAUCUGAAUCUGCCCACAGGGCUGUUAAAAGCUCCAGUAUGAGGCAGGCCUGCAUAUGGUGGUGUUGCUUCAUGUUGCAAAAGACUCAGCAUAAGCCCAGUGUAGUCCAAAUACUCACAGCGAGACAAAACUCUCGUAGAUAACCACAGAAGUUACAGUGGUUUAAAACAGUUACAUGUUAUUGAUUAAAAAUGAAGCAUGACACCUUUUUUAACCACCAAUCAGCUCUUGAGGACGUUGGCUGGUCAUGUUUUACAUAAACUUUGAGGUGGUGGAAAGGGCGGAGUUUGGGGUAGAGGGACCCAGGGUGGGAAAUGAAGACAGAAGUGAACUAGAGAUAUUUUACUUUAUGUUUAAUGCAAUGCAAAGCACAGAUCCACACCAUCAGACCUCCUUAAAUCCCUGCAGGAAGGAGCUAGAUUGUGUGGGUCCAUCUAAACUGAUUUAGAAAAUUCACCAACAACCAGAGUCUCAAAAACAGACUGGAGAACUUAAAAUCACUCUUCACACAGCUCACCUCUGAAUCUUAGAGAUAUCAGAUAAUCAGGCCUUUGCUGACUUUUGUCAGAUGAGGGGAAUCAGAGCCAAAAUUGCCCAAUCAUCUUGGAGUGUGUACUCCACUUAAAGUAUACACUUUGCUCUUACGUGCUGCUCUUUGUGUGUGUAUGUGUUUCUAGCUCAGCCCUGCCCUCAGUCACACACAUCUAGACUUGCCUGCAGUCUUAGCUGACUGCUGAGUCCAUAACACAGACAGAGAGCGCACAUGAUCGUUCUAACCUGGCAGGUUUUAGUAUUCUAAAUGAAGAGGUACAUAUUUGAAGUCCUCUGGUCUGAAUCUUUGGUACCAGUAGGUUACUCUGAUUUGCUUUCUGUGGUCUUCUCAUAACAUCCCAGGAUUCUGCUUAAAAAUCCUCUCACUGCAUGAGGUUUGAAGUUGGGGUCAGAGGUUAGCAAGUACCCACACACCGGGUUGUCCUUUAUUAGUUCAUGUAUUUGUAACAGUUGUGUCACAUUUGCAGGUAUUAAAUAACUAAUAGUUUCUAAUUUCGGGUCUCAAGUUGGUGCAAAAGUAGUCUGUUUCUAGUGGCUGAUCAGUUUGAAGUGGAUGCAGUGAGUCAAGCACCCAUGACUCCAGCCCACCUCUUUAAAAGUACAGUUUUCCACAAUGAUGCUGCUGUUAUUGCCUUUAUAUUACCCAUGCUAGCCUCAUGCAGUUGAAGUUACCAGCUUGUGCCCGUUUCUUAAUAUUUAACAGCGCAGUAUUAUCCGUGUUUGUCUUUUAUCCAAGACAUAACAGAUAUCUUUGUUGGAUCAUGGAAAAAAAUGAAAGACAAUGAAGCUUCUUAAUUUCCCUUUCCUUGACUCGACCCCUGAGAGUUCCUCAGUUCGCCAUAAAAGCUUAGUCAAGGUCUGCUGAUGCAUCCCUGUUACAGAAACCACUGACAGGACUUCAGGAGGAUGAAAGGACUACGACAGAGGAAUAUAUUAUGAGCACACUUCUUUAGUCUUGGUAGUGGAGGAAAUGGGUGGAAGCAGUGGAAACGACAGGACAAUAGACAUUUUUAUUUUUAUAUUUUUUAUAGUGUUUGGUCGCUCUUCCAGUAAAACAGUUGGGCUAAAACUUGAAUGGCUGAACGGCUGCUCCUAGAAUAGAGUUAGUGAUUUAUAAGAGUACAUUUCUUGUGUGUUUAUGUGUGAAGGAGAUGAUUCAAAAUUGUAAAGCUGCCACAUCAGAGCUCGGAGAUGGAAAAUAAAAGCAUAAUUUCUUUGAUGGAUGGUUCUUGAUUUGCUUUUUGGAGCUCCAUAUUCAUAUAUGAUAACCAGACUGAGAACAUAAUGGCUAUUGUUUUGCAAAGGCAGAGGCUGGAAAAGGCCAACCGUGCGGAAACUCAUUAAAUAUUUAGAGAGUGGGUCUGCCUCUCUUAUAGCUAACCUGCCUCCGUCCUCUCCUCCAGAUGGGAUAACGUGACCUCAUUUCUUCUUGGCUGUGAGCUAUGCCACAUUCCUCGCAGCCAGUGUGGUUGCCACGGUGUCUGUGCAACAGCGUCUUUAUGAAUUAAUGUGGCUUGACUCAGAUGUUCAAUCAGGUGUCGUAUCUGGUGCAGAACCAACUGUCUCAGGAUAUUACUGAGGAUGAUUCAAUCAGGAAUCGAGCCUCCCCUUACACAUUUUAUAUGAGAGCGUUUGUCAGUGCACUCAAUAAGAGUUGCAUUGCUGCUUUGUGGUUUUUAUUUUUUUCAUGAGACAGCAGACCUUGAGGUAUUAUGUGCAGAGGACGAGAUCAAGAGGGUUUGUUCAGGGGUGGGUGGGCACUGUUGAGCUGUUGGAGGUAGCAGCAACCAAUCUCCUUCAUGAAACACUACACCAGCUCUGUGACCAUUGCAAUCCCAAGGAAGUAAACAUUUCCCACAGAGACACGGCUCACCAGAUUUUACAAACAUGUAAAAAGAGAGGGCAGAGGUCUCAUUCUGGAUAGCUGUUCCCACUAAUCCAAAGACAUGGAUCACUCUUUCUCUCAGUGCUCAGUUUGCCUCAAAAAAAGGGGGGGUUGUAAUGAAUUUCACAUUUUUUAUUCUUUUCAGAUGUUAGAGAGGUUAGUGACAUGUUACUGUAACUUCUUUCUCUCCCUCUCGCUGUGAUAUCAACACAGUCUGACUGUCAUUCAUUUACCAACUUACUCCCUUCACUGCACAUCGAAAAAUUUGAGCACUUUGGUGAAACAUGAAGCAGUGAAAUCGUCUCUAGUGUAACCACUGGUGUCGUAAAAGAGGUUGAGAUGCUGCUGUUGUUUUUCUGUCAUAUUCACUGCAGUUGUCCAGACCAAACUGUCCAUCAUGAACAUCUUACAGUGAAAUACAAUCAUAGAGUUCAGUCAGUAAACCCUUUCUUUGUGUACUACACACAGCAGAGGUCGUGACAUUAAUGCAGAAACAUGUUUGUCAGAGUUGGAUGAAUGUAAUCAUUCGCCUGAGUCAUGAACACAGUAGAAAGGGAUUUAUUCUUUUUUGAUUUGAAAAUCCCUUCGAACAUGUUAGGAGUCUGAAACUAAAGACAGAACAGCAUUUUACUGCAGAUUUCUUCUUCCUGCAUGACACAAGAGUACACCCAGUUUUUUCUGCACCAACAUUAUUGGGUUAUCAACACAUUCUCACUGUUUAGUUAACGUUGAUACAGAAACUUAGAGCUCUUAGUCAAUGUGGUAAAAGGAAUGAUUCUCCCAGAAUCAUUUUAAAGUACACAAGAAUGACUUUGAUAAGUGGAAAUAAACAUUAAUUCUCUUCGAUCACAAUCAGCUACUCCCCUGACGUCACACUCAUUUGUGUUUUUUUAAUCUUCUAACUCUGAAGUUUCUUUUCAAUCAAAGAAUUGCAGCUUUUUGCCAUUUUGGAUUUUGCACUUUGCCAUUUUGUGGUUUCCAUUAGAUUUUUAUGCAUUGUGUAACUCCAAGUCCAAGUUGCUUGUUUGUUCUGAAGCUCUGUAAAUCAUACAGUGCAAGUAGAUUUUAAAAAGCUGGCACAAUGCUCCAUUAAAUAAUCAAAUAAAUGAUCAGAUAGUUUCAGGGAGAAAGUAGCCGACAAAUAUGUUAGAAAUGUAGAACCGCGCUACCGAACACUGACUGGCACAGCGAGGAGCUGGCUGUUUAACACAAGAAUCAUAGAAAACCUCUAAAGCUGCUGCACAUCUCUCCUUAUUGAACAUAUUCUCUCCUUGCUAAUAAUUAAUGCAGCAAAACAUCUGUCAAAAUAACUAUAUGGUGUCAUGUGGACCCUGGACAGGUUGCCGGACUUACACAGGGUUCUCCUUCUCACACACACACACACACACACACACACACACACACACACACACAGAAUAACACACACACUUUCACACACACAGUCAAUACAGUCAAUUUAGAUCACGAAUUCACCUAUUUUGUAUGUCUUUGGGCUGUGGGAGGAAACCCACACAAGCAUGAGGAGAACAUGCAAACUCCACACAGAGAGGCAACAGACUGUAGCCCUACCAUUAAGUAAUUAAAAUAUUAGAAAAAAAAGUACUUUAUGUAAUAUAAAAGAUGCUUUUUAUCAUCAUGCAUUACAGGACUUAGGAUCUGCUCUGUUUACCUUGAGAUUUAAAAUAAAUGUUUUUGCGACUUAACAGUAGAUGUUUCUAAAACAUUAAUACAAAUGAAAUCAAAUAAGAUGAAUAGGCUUUAAAUGACUUUUUGCAGUCCUCUUGUGAUAUAUCUUUUGUCGCUAGACAUGACGGUAGGCGUAAGACAAAGUGGCUCAGGAUGGGCUCUAUUCAGGAUCCAAAGGUCUGGCUCCUAACGGUACAUUGACAAAUCACACGCGCAGAAGCAAGAGUGCCAGGGAGGAGAUUUAGACGAGUACUUUUCAGUCGGGUUCAGACUCAUUUAUCACAAUCUUCCCCUUUUUUUGUAAAGGACUGCAGCCAGCAUUCCUAUUAAAUUACAGUAAUAUAGAGCACUUUUUUAUCCUUUUAUUCAGCAGCCGACUGAACUGAUGCAUUUCCUCACGUCGCUGACUGUCAAAGCGUCAUUGUUACCACUUAAAUGCUAAUUUUUAAUCCCAGACUCAAUUUGGACCAGCUGCUCUGAGUGAUGAUAGAGUUUGUUACAUAUUCAAUACUUAGUCUCAACAUAAUACAAGUUCAAGAAAAAGCUAAGCUCUCUCCAUAUUUGAAUUCUCUUAUGACUGUGCAGGAGGGAGUGCCAGUUUGUUCAGAGUGAGCAGGAUUUGAGCAAACAUCAUCCAGGGCAUAAACUAAACACUGACAUGCAAAAGCUUGUUUAACCCUUUAGACUCUGCGGAAAAAAAGGAUCUGCCCAUUUUCUAUCUAUGCUUAUGAGGUUCACUUCAGUGUUUUAAACCCUUUGAUAGGGUAAUGUAAGUCAAUAAACAUGAGAAGUAUGACAUAUUUUUACUAACUGUAAAAAGACGCUGAUCUUGUUUUUGGUUAAGUCUUUGCUCAUGUUCUGGAGCAUCUCAAGAAGCUUUGUAUCCUGUCAGCUGUAGAAUAUAUGUGAAAGUUAUGCAGUGAUAGCAUAACUGGUGGAUCAUCUCAGUUUAAGUCAGCCCUCCGCCACCGGUGUGUUUCUGAAAAUGUAAAACCACACUCCAAACCUGGGCUAGAUGGCACCUGGAAAUUCAAACUGCAGCUGCACACCAGUUUGCUGUCGUUCAUCUGCUGUUUCCCGCCAGCUCUUCCCUUUUUUUUUUUUCCGUCUGUCGUGUCCCUCGAUAACAUAUCACGAAGGCAGGGAUGCUGCUGCCAAAGCUGGCUAAAGUGAGACAUGCCAGACACGGCCUUGACUUGCGGGGACCUAGACGUCACAUUUACCAGAACAAGCUGAAGUCAUGCAGUCUGACCUUGACUCAGCUUUUGGAUACAGAAAGAGUAAAGUCACCGGAUGUUAUAGUUUUUUUUUUAAUGUAAUAUUAAUGCACACUAGGCGGUGUAAAAACAGAAAAACAAUGACUGCUGCUGCCAGUGGGAGGUCUGUCUCCAAAUGGUAAACAAUCAGCAGCACUUCAGAAGCAUUUUGCUCGCAGAAUAUCAAGUCUAAUCGAGGCAAUAUAAGCAUUUUUUUUCAACUCCCUGCUUAUUCACACUGUUACCUGCUGUGAAAGUGGAUGUUUUGUAGAAACUGCUGUCUCAUUUUGUCUCUGCUGCAUGCUGUUCACUUGCAACAGUAGAAAUAUCCUCAAGACCUAGUCAGCACUACACCCAGCCAUCGCCCUCAUUAUAUUUGAGAAAAUUGGAGGAGAGAAGUCAAAAGUGGUACCCAGAAAAUUGGAAGCUUCCAUCAAAGUCUCCCUGUACAAUUAUGGUAAACUCUGCAGUUCAGGACACACAGAUUCAGUCUCUUAUGAGGAGUGCUUUGUUAUAGAUAAUGAGGGCUCUGCGAUCUGUGCUUCUCUGUGCUCGGCUCGUAAAAAAAAAAAAAAAAAAAGAAGCUCGACCAGCCUUGUUUUCAAUUGAACAACCGUUUAUCCAUUUAUUUACAGCACAUAUCCAAUCCAACACAUUUAAGGCCUCCCACAGGCACCCGUGGUUUCAAGGCACUCAUUCCUAUGGUACAAUUAGCAACCCACAGAACUGCAUAAUGGUGUCCAGAAACACAGGAUGGAGCACAGCACGACUCCUACAUGCCCAUAUGCUUGCUGACAGAAUCGCGCCACCUUUUAUACUGCACUGUAUUUCCCAUUACCCAGCUGGCAAGUCAGAUGUCUCCUGCAGAAUAUUCAAUAUUAAAAUGUGAACACAGUACAUCAAGAUUAAGAUCCAGCUUUCUUACGUCAAAUGUGCACAAUAACAAGUUAAUGAUGGAAAUGUGCUCCUCUGGUGUAACUUUGUCGUGCAGAUUUGUCUCCUUUAUGGCAGUAAAAAAGCUGAAUGAACAACAAAACCUUUGACCUCCGACACAGAUAAGAAAUCUGUGAACCAAAGUCUACUAGAUCCUGUAAAGGGAGGCUGUGCAGAAGAAAAGCAGAUGUAAUCUUAAAACUGCUCUCAUCAGAAUCUGAGCUGUGAUGAUAUAGAAAGUGAAAAUGUCCAUUAUAUGAAGGGUGAUGCUUGUGUUUGCGCUCUAAAAGUAGGUCAUUUUUGUCAACAACUCAAGUGUUUUGCUCCUCUCUCACCACCUCUGUCCUCUUAAGUUUCCAGCUCUUCACUCAGCUGUUUUCACUGGAAAGCUCUGGUAAAUCCUCUGUACACUCCAGCGCCAGCUCCACACAGUCAGACCCACCUGCUCCUGAAUAAAGUGGAGCAUUUAGCCGAUUAUUUCCUCAGGGUGGAGACCAAAACAGAGCUAGAAGCAAAGUAAAUAUUGGACUUUCUUUUUCCAGGUUCAACAUGACCUUGAAAACGUGCCAGUGUGACUGCAAUUGUUUUAUAGCAGGUUCCUCAUAUCAGUUUUUCAGGCUGUUAAUGUGUCCAUUAGUUUGGAGCUUAUGGUGCAGAAGUGUGAAAAACGUUGGCUGUAUUUAUUUUAUAUAGUACACAAAGGUAAACUCAUGCAACCUUUAAAAUGUACAAAAGAGGUUUAGGGCAUCAUGAAGAGAAAAAAAAAAUACAGGAAGGAGAUUAAAGUCAAAUUUUGAGAUUAAAAAAUCGAAAUUAUGUCAUUACAGUUGAAAUUUUGAGAUUAAGGUUGACAUGAAUAAAGUCGAAAUUUCGUGAAUUAAAUCGAAUUUUUCAAGAUUAAAGUCGAGGCAAAUAAAGACGAAAUUUCAUGAAUAAAGUCGUAUUGUUGAGAAUAAUGAUAAUGAAUCAACAGCAUUGUCGCUCGUCACUCGACAUGUCCUCUGUAGAGAGUUUGUAAAGCUGUACUUUAGGAUUGGAUUUAGUAACAAGGAAAUCUUCGCUCUUUUAGCACACAAACACAGUCUGGUCAUAAGUAUUCAGACUCUGAAAAGACUGGGCCGAAGAUUAUGAUGCAGAUGCAGGGUUAUCGAUGGUUACACCUGCGUGCCAAGGACCCAAUGCACUCUGACACAUGGAUGGCUAUGACAAAUUUAAGCCAUACAACAUUUCAUUUCAACUUUUUAAAUUUCGACUUUAAUCUCAAAAUUACGAAUUUAAUUUCAAAAUGGAAUCUUAAAAAAAAUCUCCCUCCUGUAUUUACUUUUUUCUCUUCUUGUGGCCCGAAUCUUCUUCUGCAUAAAUGCAUUUAUGAAUCUAUAAACCACAUCUCUACCUAUACAAACAAAGAAAAGUCACUUUUAUUUCAGUUUUGAUUUUUUGUUGUCGGGAUUUGUGCAAACGCUCGAUGUAGAAGUUCCAUCUUUGGGAUCUGGGAUAUAUCGAGCAUUCAGGACGUUUCGACUUUCUAACUUCUUUGCAAUUAUAAUAUUUUAGAGAACUGAGCAGAGUCUGAAAAAGCCAGGUCUGUAUGAUUGGAGCCCAGCAUUACUUUGAAGUUACUUGAGGGGACUUUUUUUAAUGGGAUUCUGACUGGCAGUGAGUAGGAGCCAAAUUUGAAUCAUGCUCCCCCUGAAGGCAAUUAACAGCUUGACCUGGUUUCCUAUUCUUUGAAACUCAAGUUCAAAACGUGGUCAGGAUCACUGCAAAGAAAAACAGAACGUAGAUGAUCAUUAAUGCAUGACACUUGUAUGUGUAUGAAAGUUUCAAACGUGGUGAAGGACGAUGAAUUUCACACUGUGUGCAGGACGGUGAGGCUUUUGUUUUAAAUUUAGAAACUCCCUUUGGGUGCCUGAUGGAUAAAUUCAUGAAAAACUGCAGGAAUGAAGGUUAAAAUCAAACUCUGAAGCUUCAUUAUCAGACGCCAUUCUCAAACAUUUCUCAAGAACUUUUAUAGCAGGUGGAGCGUUAGCCUGCCAGCUUUACAAACAGCAGAUAUAGGAGAGUACAAGGGUCAGAGCGCCAGCCCUGCCAGUCUCUACUGCUGCAUUUGAAUGAGAAGACAUGAAUCAGAAAUAUACAGUGACUAAAAGAAUAAUAGGAGCCAAGGGGACAGAUGGGAGGGAAUUUAAAGCAAUUAGAGAGACGAGAGCAGGAAGAGUAUGAUUCAGGGGGAUGUGAUAGGAGGCGGUUAACAGAUUAGUUUCCAGGCUGCAGUUCAGGAGAGACACAGUUUCAUUUGCAGGCCCUGCUUUGUGUUUCACUUAAGGGUUAAUGUUUGCCAAGAAGCUUUUUCUAAUAUGUCCUCAGUAACCUUGUAGUGCCCCACCUUCUGUCUGUUCAUUUAGAGGCCGCUCAUGGUUUACCUUGGACGAAGCUUAGAAGUAUCAUCAGUCAGAGGAGGCAGGAAUAAUAAACAUGUUUGGCACCCUAACUCGAAGAACCCCCCUUUGUAUAAACAGCCAAAGACCUAUUCUUUAUAUUUGGUUUACUUCUCCUCUUUACUGACUUACUUACCAGGUUUAACAAAAAGGCCUCAAACUACAUUAAAAAACUGUGACAGGGCUCCAAACCAGAAUUUUUUCUCUAUUUAAAGUCUCAUUUCUUCUUCUUCUUCUUCUUGUGUUUCAGCUGAAGGUGUGCCCCAGGUGUUUUACUUCGGGCCUUGUGGGAAAUACAACGCCAUGGUUCUGGAGCUGCUGGGUCCGAGUCUAGAGGAUCUCUUCGACCUUUGCGACAGGACCUUUUCACUGAAGACCGUCUUGAUGAUAGCAAUUCAGCUGGUGAGUGUUUUAUGAACAUGUGGGUACUUCAAAUAGCUUCUGGUUAUGUUUUCUGACUGCAGCAAUGUUUUUAUUUGAAACUGGAAACAUCGAACAAGACAGUCCAAAACACAGAAUUCAAGAGGGCGGUAAAAUCUAGCUAGACUCAAUGCAGUGCUGAUUGAACCAUCUUUUUUUAACUCUAAUCUUUACUGGAAGUUAUUGUUUCAUUUUUACAGAGAAGGAGUUUGCACAGUUGUCAAAUAAACUGAAUGAAAAAAGAGCUUCUUUCUAUCAGAUUGCAUCUGAAAUAAUAUCUGAUACAUUGAGCUGAAUAAACCCAAAGCUCUGCCUGCACCAGCAGAGCAGGUGGGAAGGCCGUGCACAAUCUCUUGUAACCCAGUCUGCAAAUUAGCAAUCUGUCCCUAUACACGUAUUAACGGUCAGUCACUCAGAUUGGCUGGGAGCUGCCAAAAAGAGCAAAGCCAUUACUGAAUCUCAUUAGGAGUCCGGAGCACAGAGGGGGGUCUGAUCCAGCGUGUCGGGCGUCGCAGCCAUCUCAAAAUUUCUAACAUUUCGUUUCAUCAGCACAAAAAUCUGCCCGGCUCUUGUAAUGUAGACACCCUCUGCAAAUUCAUGAGGAAACAUACAAAGUAGCACAUCAUAGGCAUGAAAUUACAGAGCAUAGCGCUGGCUAGGCCGGCACAUCAGCCAAUUUAUCCUCUGUAUUUAUCAUGCAGGUCUCCCUCUUUAGUUUUUGGCACAAAUGAGUGAUCCUGCCAUAAGUGCUGAGAGCUACUACUCCUACUCAAGCUCUAUAUUUUGGUCUUUCAAAAGCCGAGCGUUUCAGGGGAUCAGAAUCCCUCAAAAACAAAACCCAUGUGGAGGAUCUCACUACACACACUACCUCACACAUUUUCCUGUGUGUUUGAGCUGCUCUUCAAAUUAAUCAACUUUGGAAGGUUGCCAUGAUGAGCUCUUGGUUAAGUUCUCAUCUGUAAACAAGGUAUCACACUGGUCCUACUCACUCAAACUUUUAUAGUCCCUAUUCCCUGCAGAGUAGUUUGGGAUCUGACUUUGAGGCUUAAUUUUUGGCUGAUAAAGGUUUUAGUGAGAUGACAUUAGUGGACCACUGUGGCAUCUGUUCAGCAUAAUUCUACAAAAAUAUUCAAUUGAUAAUCAGUCGGCGGCAAUUAAAAUAUUGAUAUGAGUAUGAUUGUUGCAUUUUAUCAUUAACCAGAUAUAGAGGGAGUAGAUAUUGAGGUUAGGCAUUGUAAAUUGCAUAAAUAGUUCUAUAUGAAUCAGGUUUUACUUUUUUUUUUUUCCCGAGAAUACGAGUCAGUUAUUGUUCUUGGUUGCCUCAGAGCAGAUAAUGCACACACCUUUCAAACUGAAUCCUACAGUCCACAAAGUCUAACUACUGUUAUCUAUCAUUAUCAUAUCAUUAUUAUAAGUUUGCAAAAUAGUGGAGUGCCCCUUUUAAUGUUUUAAGAAGUACUUUCUUACAAACUCUGAGCCUCUGUUCAUUUCUACAACAUCCCAAAGUAACAAUUUAAGAUAUUUUUCCAUCUUGAUUCCCAUUUUACUGACUCGGCUGGAUUAUGAUCAGAUAUGUUCUGCUUGUUUUUUGUAUUUUUUUCACUCUGACUCUGCUCAUUGAUUUCUCACCAGAUUUCUCGAAUGGAAUACGUGCACUCGAAAAACCUCAUCUACAGAGAUGUAAAACCUGAAAACUUUCUGAUUGGACGGCAAGGGAAUAAAAAGGAACACAUAAUCCACAUCAUCGACUUUGGCCUGGCCAAAGAGUACAUCGACCCCGAGACCAAAAAACACAUUCCAUACCGGGAGCAUAAGAGCUUAACUGGGACCGCCCGGUAUAUGUCCAUCAAUACACAUUUAGGCAAAGGUGAGGUCCAUUUCCUGACUUUGUAUUUUUGAUUAGACUGAAGUUUCCUUCAGUGUUUAUGAAUGAAGAUGAUUUGGCACUUUGCUCUUAAAGUAAAAGGUGUUCAAAUCUGUUGAUUCAGAGCAAAGCCGGCGAGACGACCUGGAGGCUCUAGGCCACAUGUUCAUGUAUUUCCUUCGUGGCAGUCUGCCCUGGCAAGGACUAAAGGUAGGCAAAGUACAUUCAGGUGUUUCCAAAGUCAUGUAGAAAAACAUUCACUGUCAAAACAGGAACACGUUUGAACUGGGAGUCUGGAAACUUUGACACCAUGAUCCGAUAUAAAGAUCAAUAUUAUGGUUUGAUUUGCUGUCUCAUCAAUGCUCAUCAUCAUUUUGUUUGUCCUGCAGGCGGACACGCUGAAAGAACGAUACCAGAAAAUAGGAGACACUAAACGAAACACUCCGAUUGAGGUUCUUUGUGAGAACUUUCCAGGUAAACUGACAACCCACCUCAAACUCAUCCAGCAGAAUACAAAGCCUCUUAAUGACUACGUAGCAUUAUCAGUGAUUUUACCUGCUCAUAUAAAAUGAUCUCACUGUCUAAAGAGAAAGGUAAUUUUCUGUAUUAUUGUAUGCUGACCUGCUGUUAUUGCCCCCUUUCUUUUACUUCAGAGGAAAUGGCCACCUACCUGCGAUAUGUGAGACGGUUAGACUUCUUUGAAAAGCCUGACUAUGAAUACCUGAGGACCCUGUUCACUGAACUGUUUGAGAGGAAAGGAUACACCUUUGACUACACCUACGACUGGGUUGGCAGGCAGAUAGUGAGUAACACACAGAUUAAUUAACGGGGACGUUCGAACUGCGAGAGCUUUUUUUAAACAAAGUGUUAAACUUAAUGUCACCCCUGUCAGCCCACACCAGUGGGGUCUGUCCACAUAGACUCUGGAGCGUCUGCUGUCACGAGAGAGAGCCAUCCUCACAGAGAUCGGCCCUCACAGCACCAACCAAUCAGAAAUCAGGUAAGGCCUGUUAGGUCCUUAUUAGAGUUAAGCUUUCUGUCUUUUCAAGCUUGAAAGGAGUUAGUCUUUUUAAAGUAUGUUGGUCACUAAAAAAGUUUUUGUUUAUCAAGAAAUUGAUAUUAUGUGAAAACCGCGAAUGUCCAUACAGCACGACUCAAAACUUCUCUGACAACUGAGAUUCCAGGUUUGAUUUAUUUCAGGAUUGUGACAUAUUUAACAUCUGUUUGUGGAAUUAGCCUUCUGGUUGAUUUCUCAGUGAGGGACGAAGCCUAAUUUUGAUAACUGUCAGUAAAUAGUUUAACUGCCUUUCAGACAAAAACUGUUCCUCCUGAUUGACACAAUGAUGAAGAGGACAAAGGAAGGACAGAACAUAAUGUACUAUAUUUACAUCAGACAGUCAAAAUAUCAUGAAGUAGGAUUUACUCAGUUUGUCAGAACAGGUGAGACUCUAAAGCGAGUUUCAGGACUGCGGUUCAGUUAUUUGACAUUUAUUCCUCGAUCCAAGGUUUGGCUGAAAGGGUCCAGUCGUUACUUUCGGCUGAUUUAAAAUUUGUAGGAUUUAUUCAGCUGACUAAACCUCUGCUAAACUUCCAUUAAAGGGACAUUCUGGCGGAAAUUUAAGUUAGGGUCAAAUACACCGUAACACCGAGUUAGACACCCUCUCGAGAGAUGAAUGUUGCCGACUUGCUCUUCUAGUCAUACCAACUUUAGUAACAACUGCGUGAUCGCAAUACACAGCGGUCUAUGGAUCCACGUGCAAACCUCAACCAAAACGCCACUUUAAAGCCACAAAUAAUGCUCAGAACAGCACCUAACUUCAUCAACAGUACAUGUAGGGUCCCAGCCAUAGUACUAGCCACCAAACAUCUUUUUAGCUUUGCCUAAUUUCUUUAGCAAAGAGACUAAACUCAACUCACCUACUAUUUUCCAGCAGCCGCUUGUUUGUGGGGGAGCCCUGAUGAGUUGAUCACCGAGUGCAGUGGAUCGUUUACAUGAAGUAAUUAUUACCAUAUUAACCAUUUUGCACUGCAGACGCGGUAGUUCUUCUGCCUUAGCGUCUCAGUCUGAUUGCAUUUCCAUGAAGAAAUGAUUAUAAAUGUUCUUCCUUGAGCUGCGAAACUCCACUGCACUCGGUGAUCGACUCAUCAUGGCUCCCCCACAAAUAAGCUGCUGCUGGAGGUGAGUGGGUGAGUUGUGUUUAGUCUCUUUGCUAAAGAAAUCAGUCAAAGCUAAAAAGAUGUUUGGUGGCUAGUGCUGUGUCUGGGACCCUAUAUGUACUGUUGAUGAAGUUAGGUGCUGUUCUGAGCUUUAUUUGUGGCUAUAGAGCAGUGGCGAUUGCUCUAAGACUGCAAGGGAAGCUCGGCUUCCCUUAAAAUGUCACCCCCCCAAAAAAAGAAAAAGUGGUGAAAUACGUACUGCUGUGUGUACAUUUCAUUAACUAAAUACGCACUAGAAAGCCUUCAUCUUUUGUUCAGACACUGUGAUAAGAAGCUGAUAAUUAUAGGUAACCGGCAUAACUUCGUUCUCAUUCAUCCUCGCAGCGCCUCAGCGCUUUAAACAGCCGGACGCUGGGCUUCUGCUGACUUCAAUGUGGAAGCUAAAAGUGGGUUGUUCCAGCAGCGAAACUAGACGCUCAUUGGAUAAAUGCUGGGCUUUGUCCCGCCCAAUGGAAGCUAAGCUUCACUGGAGUUCUACGGCGAGAGGGCGGUCCCGACUUUCUCCCGGACUGCAAGCUUCUGCAUCCAUGAUUGGAUGAGCUGUCUGAGGCGAAAUCCUUUUUUGAUUGACAGCUAAACAAGCGAAUCAGCGAUCUUGAAGAAUAAAACAUCUACCAGAGCAUUUUCCAAGUCAUUCAUUCCGUUGUUCUUAACUGCUCUGGAGACUUUACCGAUCCUCAGCGACUUCUGUCUUUAUUAAAAACGACUGCCGUUGUGUUUGGCGACUCUGUUCUGUUACAUACUAAUAAACAAAUACAAUUAUGAUGUAGGCCAGAAAAAUGAGCUUCCCCUCAUUGAAAGACCAGCAGCCGCCACUGCUAUAUAGCGGCUUUUUGGUUGAGGUUUGCACAUGGAGACUUAGACCACUGUGUAUUGCUAUUGUGCGGUUGCUACUUAAGUUGGUAUGACUAGAAGAGCAAGCAGUCAGUACCAUUCAUCUCUGGAGGGGGUGUCUAACUCGGUGUUAUGGUGUGUUUGACCCUAACUUAAAUUUACGCCGGAAUAUCCCUUUUAAUGAAACAUAUAACUUUUUCUUUCUUCAAAAUAAUAAUUUAAUAAAAACCUGCUCAAUAAAUAAGAUUUGUUUCAUUUGAAGUCAUAAGUUUGACAUGUUAGAGCUUCCUCCAUUUGGCUCUGGACUCGUUAGUUUCUGUUUGAUUUUUCUGGCUGAAGCCUUGCUUUGAUUUUGAUUUACUCUUUUAUUUUUGUUACAUUUUUUUCUUCUCCAUUUUUCAUGCGGCUUUGCAUGUUACCUGGCCUCGCUCACACCCAAAUACCCAUCUUUCCUAAUGCAAUUAUUCCAUCACUCCCCCUUCCCCCACCAUCCAACCCAUCACACCCUCGAACCCUCAUCCACUCCCGUCACCGACGCCCCCGACUACCUGAGCAGACAGCGGUGUCAGAUCGACGAGGAGCAUGGGAGGUGCAGCCCACACGCCAAGCAAACUCGUCCUAUCUGACCUCCCACCUGGCAGCGGACAGGCACGGGGGCUCAGUGCAGGUAUACACCCCUCACCUGAUCAACCAGCAGCCCCCACCCAAUCUCUAUGGAGUCAGAUCUGUCUCAUAAGAUUGAACCCAGAAUUAAAAAAUACAUUUUAGAAAGAAAAGUGUAACACUACUCUGAUACAACAGUUUUAAAGUUGGCUAUGGUAUUUUAGAAUUAGUGAGUUAGCUUUUCCGAACCACAACUUUCGUAUUUUUGGUUCUUUUUCACACACUGUCACUUCGUCAGACUUCUGUUCUGUACCCCACUUUCACUUGCAGUAACAAUACAUAGUCACCGUCCACCAUGUGAACACUUUCUCUGUGAAUCAUCUUCAGCAGACUCAGCUCAUACAUGAUCAUAGGAACAGUGCUCCCUGUUGAUAACUCUGUCCUUUUCCAGCUCUUAAUGAUAACCCCCCCCAGUAGAUGUCAGGCGUUUCACCAGGCCUUGUGUAUGAGACAGAUCUACACCCAUACACCUUCCUCGAACCCUUUACUCCUGGCUGGGAAAUGUUAUUUUUUUUCUGCACCACCAUAUGCAUGACAUCUGGUGCCACCCACCCCAGAUGGUGAAAAUGUGAUUUGAGCUUUAUAAACAGCAGCCCGGGUUGUGGCAUUUUGAUCUCAGGUCCUAUAACUCAUCCUGGUGUUUGGACAACCCUUGAAAGAUCAAGAAGCCUCUUGCAUGGCAGGCUGACCUGGCUUAGCCGGCUAAGUGCAUGCUCUGAAGUCAUGAAGGGUCAUUUUGUUUCAUGGUUUAUAGCGGUGUAGUUUCUGCCACUUGCUAAUAUUCAAUAUUAUCCCACGCACAGCUGGACCAUCUCUAUCUGCAAAGUUGCGUGCAGCAUAUGCUGAUCCCUCAGCUGUGUUUCUUCAUCUCUGAUUGGACGGUCGCUGCAGGAUAAUUGGUGUAAAAGCACAUUAUCCGUAAUAAUUACCUCAUGAUUGAUGGUGGAAUCAGAGCUACUGCUAACAAGCUAAGCUGUUACACUAUUAGCUCACAAAACAGUAUUAACUAUUAGCUAUGGUUGUGAUUUAUGAGCUCAUACAAAAACCAUUAUAUAGACAGUGUAUGUAUUGGUUAUGGCCUCCAUGAUAUAAACAACAAGAUCUCAUUUAUUUACUGAAACGACACAGUCAACAUUAUAACUUUCCCCUUAAAUCCCCUAAUAGAAGUUCACCCCUCACCUCUGAGGAUGUUCCUACAAUAGUCAUUAUAAUGCUGUUUCUUCUACAGGUAUCCAUCCAUUCGUUGUCCAGAAGACCUCCUUUUUUAGUGUCUUAUUUUUCAUCAGUGUCUGUCUUUGUUUGUUUCCACAGAGACAUCCAAAUAUUUAAGCAUAAGUCUUUGUUUAAAACCAGAGAAACUUUGAGUCACAGGAGGACCUGUUUGUCUCACUAAAUCUGUCGAGCAUCUUUUUUUUUUUUUAAGUCAUCUCCAACUGUGCCACAGGUGGUCAGCUCAACCAAUGGGGAGUUAAACGCAGACGAUCCGCUGGCAGCUCAUUCCAACGCUCCGAUUACAGCUCAGGCAGAGGUGGAAGUGGUCGACGAGGCCAAGUAUGUGUCACACACCCGCCACACUGCUCCUCCAUGUCCAUCUGUCAUUCCUUCUUUCUCCUGCUCUCCUUCUCUACCUCUCUCUGCCUCUCUCCCUCUCUUUCAACUUUUUGCUAUGCUGUGUUAUUGUGACAGCCCCCACCCCCAGCUGUCUUCCUGCCCCUCUUCUGUUUGAUUGUGUGAGUUUUUGAUCUUGACUGCUGCCUGUCUCUCCGCUGUCCUCUCAGUCAGAUAUCAAAACAGAUAAAAAGUCAGUUCAGUUUAAGUUCUCUGUCGGAGCUCGUACCUGAGGUGUGAGCAGACACCUUCAGGAAAUACUCCUCACUCUGUAUUAAAGAGUAACAGUUAUGCUUUGUUGUAUCAGCAAGAUGAAUACAGAGGCACUCAUUCGAGUCUGCAACAGCCUCUUAAGUAAACUAAACUUAGCUAAUGAUAACCAGUUAGUUGUUAUGCCUUUCUGCACCAGCAGCUGGAGCGAUGCUGCGUUACAUGGCUGACAAACUGCUGAGAAAAACCUUCUGGUUGGACUUAGCAUGGUUAAGCUGAUGCGAAGAGCAGAACCCAGAACUACUCAACAAACAGUUUCCCAGUGAACAGGGAGGCUUAGUUUUGUCUGAUAGAAGCUCAGCAGAAAUGUGGGAGUGACUUCAGAAGAAAACUGACACUGAAAUUAGAUCUUUACAGACAUUUCUCUGUUAUCUUGUAAGACUUAAUUAAUGAAGGUCGUACCAGGUACCCUCUGCAGUAAGAUGAACAUCAGGAUACUAAGUGUUUCUGAAGUAUGGAUACAGGUGUGUAGAUGGAGGUUAUCUUAGGUGAUAUCAACUAUCAAUGUGUUUUGCUUCAGUCCAUCUCUAUACUUUCAUUAAGAGGUACUACAAAGUUUGACAGUCUUCAACACCAGAGUCCAUCAAAAGUCAAUAUAAAAAGUCUCAGAGGUUCAUUUACUUUAAUAACUUUCUAUUUCUGCACAGAUAGAUCUUUGUCCUGUAGUCUCCAUCCACACAGAUGUUUGAUAUGAUGGUUGGUGUCUUUUCCAACAGUCUCUCUCUGUGAGACCAAAUCAGACAAGUUGGUUUGCAAAAUGAAGUGACAUGAAUUUAUGGUCAUUAACUCAUUCAUUUCCAAAUAUACAUUAAUGUGCUGAUUUGUUUCUGAUGAAGAGAAGUCAAAUAAACGCUGCAAGUGCGUCAAAACAACUUUUCACAAUUUGUUAAACAGAAACUGACAAAAAAUAUUCAUGUUGUUAGAAAACACCAACUACACCAAGCACAAGUUACUUAGUUGUAGUAAAGCAUAUUUAUGACGUAGAGAUUCACAUACCAGCAAAUAAGAAAUGCUUCCCCAGAAGUUUUGUGUUUGCAAAAAAGAAAUGUUGUAAAGUUAACAAGCAAAACAAAUUGAAACAACUCCAGAAACAUGUGUCUAUGGAAUAUGUUUACAUGAAGGAGAUUUUAGGUUAGAUAUGGGCAGUUUUCUGAACCAGACUCUUGAAAAUUGACAAUUUAAAAUGCCACUUUACAAAAAAACUGUAUACAAUAUCAAGUACCUGAAUGCUGGAAAAGCCAAACCCUCUCAUUUGUACACAGCUAAAAGCUCCAGUUAGUAUUAUUUCCCAGUGGUUACUAAGCGUAAACUGUAAAGGUAACAAGUUUUAAUGAUGCAGACAGAUAAAGUAAGUAGUUGUGAAGGAAAGAGAAGGUAAGUUUAGUCUGCUGCUCCUGAUCUUAUUCAUAAAUCUACAUCCUGAAAUUAACAGGAUAGUUGUUCUUUAUCAACAUGAAGAGAAGCAGUCAGAUUUUUUUCUCCUAAAGGGAAAAGAAACUACAGAAGAUGGAUCUUUUCAGCCAUUACUUGUUGUUUUUAUAAGGGUCUUUGCUGAGCAGUUGUAUCCCUUAAACUCUCUCUCCUCUCAAAGGUCCCCUCUCUGUGUCCACCCGUGUCUCGCUCGUGUGUUUAUUUGCAUGUUUGUGUGGCAUGUGCCCGGUCCAUCAUCUUGGUCUUGCUGUAUUAAUCUCUCUUACUUUUCUCUUUACACUCUUCCCUCUCUCUUCUUCUGUAGCUGCGUGAAAAUGCUCAACCUGUGGUGAGUCCCUCUCUGCUAGUCCACAUCAGACUCAUGGGACAGGGAGUGGACCAGCCUAGGCUGGGCGCAGUGGAGUUACUCUGAACAAAUUCUACCUAGACUCUUUAGCCGAUGCCAUCAUGCAAACAUGCCCCUGAGAACACUUUCUAUUAUGAGCCGUUUUCUGCUUUUUUUUCCCCCCCAACCUCCGCCCAGUGUUGAUGAGUGACAGAUGAGCAAAACAUGAACUGGGUCGCCAAUAUGGAAGACAUACAAGAUUACAACUUUAGAGAUUUCACAGCAGAGCAAACAAGCGAACAAGUCACACUUUUACAAGAAUCAAAAUGUCUUUCUUUGUCACUCUAUGUACAUUUAUGAGAUAUCACGUCUUAAACAGCAAAUCUGGCAUCAAAUCUUCGAGCACUUAUCGCAUGGUGCACUAUUAAUCCGAGAGCACCCAGUCACUGUCCUAUGUCUCGAUCCACAGCUUUUUUUCUUGUCUUUGUAUGUUUUGAUUGACCAUUCAGGCUCACCAUGUCUUGUGCUCUCUGUGCGCACUGCUCCAUUUUCGUAAUAGAAGUAAUCUCUGCCUUUAGAGUCACUGCAGCUGUUUGUGGUAGUUUCUGUUUUUAAAAAACUGUCAGUGGGUGAAAAGUGGAAGAAAAUAUUCUGUCUUAUCCUUGAUGCAAAGGUUUUACUAACAUCAGUUUCCUGGCUGCAGUGUAAAUCCAGAUCCAAAUUUAGCUCUUGUGAUAUCUAACACACUAACUCAGAACAGUCUGCUUGUGUUUGUUCUCAGUUUUGCCUCAUUUCAACCCUCGCUCAUCUACGUUUCUGGUUUAAUGUCCGUCUCUGUCUGCAGGUGCUGCUGCUUCUUCAAGCGAAAACGGAAGAAGAACACGCCGAGGCACAAAUGA